UUGUUAUUGACGGGGAAACAAGAGAUCAAUGUAAUGAGAUCAAUGACUUCGUUUUUCAAUAAUUUUCUGGCUAAACUGAAAUUGAAAAGUUUCUGAAAUUUUGAUCUACUUAUUAUUUGUUUGAACCCACCUUUGCACCCACAAAAUUUAGCAUGAAUCGGCUUGCCGUGCAAUGUUUCCGCCUAGGUCAACGACAACUUGGGACUUCUGCCCCACGCCAAGCCGUGAAAGGGGAGGUGCACCCAGGAUACAAAAAGAUUAAGGAAAAGUAUGCCCAUUUCCAGAUUGACGACGGAACACCCAUCCACUUGAAGGGAGGUCCUUUCGAUCGUGUUCUCUACUAUGCAACCAUGGUCGGUUGUGGGAUUGGAGUUGCUGGUUGUUUCGAGUACAUUUAUCGGGCCUCGUUCCCAAAGAAGGAUUAAAUUCUGUUCGAGUAGUUCAUAAUAAUUGUCAUUUGUUCCGAAAAAUGUAAAAAUUCCAUAUUGUUGAUUCCACUUUACUACUAGUAAAUAUAUUUGUGAUGGAUGAAUUAAGGGACCAAUUGAUUUGACGACAGUAGAUAAUAAAUAUGAAGUAGUUUAA